AUGGUGGUGCUGGUGGAAGUUCUGGUUCUGGUGUUAGUUCUGUUGUUAGUGCUAGUUCCAAUGUUGGUAGUGGAAUUAUAUGCUGGUGGUGCUGUUGCUAGUUUUGGUGCUAGCACUAGUUCUUGUUGUAGUAGUAGUUCUGGUACUGGUGAUAGUUCUGGUACUGGUGAUAGUUCUGGUACUGGUGAUAGUUCUGGUACUGGUGAUAGUGAUAGUUCUGGUACUGGUGAUAGUGAUAGUUCUGGUACUGGUGAUAGUGAUAGUUCUGGUACUGAUGAUAGUGAUAGUUCUGGUACUGGUGAUAGUGAUAGUUCUGGUACUGGUGAUAGUGAUAGUUCUGCUACUGGUGAUAGUUCUGGUACUGGUGAUAGUGAUAGUUAUGGUACCGGUGAUCGUUCUGGUACUGUUGAUAGUGAUAGUUUUGGGACUGGUAAUAGUGAUAGUUCUGGUGCUGGUGAUAGUGCUGUUUUUGGUGCUAGUGAUAGGUCCUGUGUUGGGGCUAGUUAUCAUUCUGGUGGUGGUGGCAUUAUAUGGUAG